GUAGGAAGUAGUGCUUCAGUCGAGACUCAAGACUAACAUUGAUGACCUCGGCCUUGGGUGUACACAGGCAAUGAUUGGACAAGGCUACAUGCUCCAUCCUGCAAAAGUAGCAACCAUGCACCCAACGUAGCCAGCGUCUGUGCUCGACGGCUGAACGCGCAGCGCAGCCAGCUAGCCAAAAAAACAGCGACUGCCGCAUGUCGUAAGAGCCAUCCGCUCCUGGCUAGGACCCAUCUAGUCUCCCGCACAUAUAUCCACAGAUGACAUCCAACCCGCACGCCGGCAGCGGCAGUCACCACUACCCUGCUCUCUCCGCGACCUACUCUGGCACACACACGCCAGAGACAGCCAUGAGCCCAUACCACGCAGGGCACGCGUCCUAUCCUCCGCCGCCACCAGCAUCCGUACCCGCUGCAGCUUCGCACGGGAUGUCGUCUCACUCCACCUCGGCCUACUCUGGCCAUAUCCACGGCACAUACAGCCCGCAGUACCAGACCAGCGGCACUCGCACGCCCAAUGGUGGCGGGAGCAGGCUCAGCACGAUCCCUCCACCCGACUUCAACAUGGUCGCAGCAGCCGGGGCGGGACGAACGCAGGCGCAAGCGGAGGAACGCUACGGAGGAGAGGACGAUGACGACGAAGACGACGAGGAGGAGGAGGAGGAGGAGGAAGAAGAAGAGGACGAGGACGAAGAGGACGAGGACGAACAGGACCACGCCGAGGGCAGCAGCAGCGGCGCCAAGAAGCGCAAGAGGGACAGCACAGCGGCCUCACGACCUGGAAACACCAAGCGCAAGGCAGAUGGGCCGAGCAACGCUGCCAACGGGUCAUCUGGCCCCAAAAAUGCGGUCGGACCCGAUGGCAAGAAGCCCAAGCCCAGUCGUGGAGCCAAGGCGUGCACCAACUGCCGACGCUUGAAGAUGCGCUGCGUCGGUGCUGAAAAGGGCCCGCCCUGCAAUCGCUGCCGCAACUCGGGGCACGACUGCAUCUUUGAGCAGUCGAAUCGAGGGAAAAAAGGGAACAAGGGUCAGCGCGCAGAGGCGAUGGCACAGAGUCUGAAAAAGAUGGAGGCGACGCUGGCGACCGUGCUGAAGAGCAUCCGCCACCCCAGCCUUGCGGCCCAGCUCGGCGGCAUGGCGACGCGCAGUCCGAGCCCCGUAGGGGACACGGCCGAUGCUGCGCGAGCUGACCGGUACACAUCCGAACAGCAAGAACCGCACUUCUCCGGCAUACUCCCUGCGCACGAGGCGCUUAAGCGCCGCUCCGCCCCGCGGACGGGCGACCUGAACAAGCUGGUUCGCGACUAUGAGGAGAACAAGAGCCAGGGCCAGAGCGACGAGGCCGCCGCCGCCAUGGCCGCCGCAGCGCAGGAGGCCUUCUCCGGCGGUAGCCUCGACCCGGUCAUCUUAGCGGCGUCGAGGAGCAGCAGCAGCCAAGCGCCGAGCAUCAGCGCCGGCAGCCCUGCGGACAGCGCCCGGUCGCCCGCCUUGCCAGUAUCCCUUGCGGCGCGGGCCGCCGCUGUUGCUGCCGCCAGCAGCGGCUCCAUGCCUGCUACUGCUCCAGGAGCGGCGGCGACGACGGGCACACGCUUCCUCGAGCCGAUGCCGCAUUACCACCGCGCCCAGCCGAUGCCGCAGCGCGAGACGGUCGGGCGCUACCGCUCCAGCUCCCCGCGGAUGCAUGCGCUACCGGACAACACGCUCAACCCGCUCGGCCUGCUCGCCGAGGCAAGCCUGCACAACAGCCACAAAGCCAGGAGGCAGCAGCAGCAGCCUUCGGGUCACGGGCGCAGCCCGAGCAACAGCACCAGCAAAGACGGCACGUCACCAGCUACAGGCAGUGGCAGUGUCAGCGGCAGCAAUGCAGCAGCAGCCUCCGGCAGCGGCCACGCUUCAUCUGGAAAAGGGUCCGUUGCCGGCGACCGCGGCGGCGCAGGUAGCAGCGGCGGCAAGGAGCCCGUGUCGCUCGGUGUGGCGAACGAGACGUACUUCAAGCCGGGACCCAUGACGAUCUUGCCGUUGCGCCAGAUCAUCAUCGAACGCGACUUCCAGGUAGAGAUCUUGACGCAGGGUAUCGUCUCGUCGGAAGAGGUGCUGGACCUGUUCAAGAUCUUCUUCAACUACUGCAUGCAGCACGUCUUCCUCCUCGACCCGGACUGGCACACGCCCGAGUUCCUCUGCAGCCGUUCGCGCUUCCUCUUCACGUGCGUCUGCACCGUUGCGGCACGUUUCUACACCCGCAGGCCCGAGCUGCACGCACAGUGCUUCAUGUACGCGCGCAAGUGCGCAUUCGAGAUCCUCGAUAUGGGAUACAAAAGCGUCGAGAUCGUACAGGGCUUCUUGCUCCUCAGCAUGUGGUGCCAGCCGUCUGAGCGCUUCGAGCAGGAUCUAGCUUGGCUCUUUUCCGGCGUAGCGAUCCGCAUCGCCACAGACCUCAACCUUCACCGCAAGAGUCUCGCUGCGCUACCUGGGCUCCCGCAGCCGGACGACCCAACUGUGCUGGACCGCGAGCGAGAGAUCAUGAACCGCGAGCGGACGUGGUACAUCUGCUUUGUAGUCGACCGCAGCCUCAGCGGGCAGAUGGGCAAGCCUUACACGAUCCGCGAGGACUGGCUCAUCCGCAACUGCCGGCACUGGUGCCUGCAGCGGCUCAGCAAACCGUGGGACGUCGGCAUCAGCGCCAUGGUCGAACUGCAGCGCAUCCAGUCGCGUCAGAUUGACUUCUUGUACUCGUCCACCGCCUCCGUAUCCGGGCUCAAUCUGGACAUCGACUACCCUUCCGUUCUGCGCGCCUUCAACGAGCAGCUCGACGAAUGGCGCGAGCUCUGGCGUUACAGGGGCCUCUUCCAGAGCCAGGACAGCCUGCCCAAGACGCAGCCGGGAGGUGGCGAAAUGGAUGCACAAACAGGUAGUAGCACUGCGGCUACUGCUCCUGGUGCUGCUGCGAAUGACACACGUGGUUCAGCAUCGUCAGGCUGCGGUAAAGCUGAUAGCUCUGGAGAACAAAGGACAGGGCAUGUAGAUGCGACGACCAAGUUCCUCGAUCAACUCGUGGGCCGAGAGCCGCCACCGGAUGACGCGGACCAUACUGAGCGCACCAUGUACUUUCUCGUCCGUCAG